UCCUCUCUUUUCCCGCACCACCGCCUCCUCCCUCCUUCUUCCCUCCCUCGCGAUGGCGAAGAAGAAGGAGAGGGCGGUGAACGUGUCGGGCAGGCCGCGGCACUCGCUCGACGUCAACCGCGCCAAUGACAAGAAGGGCGCGGGCGGCGGCGCCGGGGGCGGCGCCCGCUCGGCGGCCACGGUGCGGCGGCUCAAGAUGUACAAGCAGCGCCCCCUCAGGGACAGGGCCGGGAAGAUCCUGAAGCAUGACCUCCAGUCCAAGGAGCUCCCCAACACCCGCAUCGAGCCCGAUCGCCGCUGGUUCGGAAAUACACGGGUCGUUAAUCAGAAAGAGCUUGAAUUCUUUCGGGAGGAACUCCAGAGUAGGCUUUCCAAUAACUACAAUGUGAUAUUGAAAGAGCGGAAGCUUCCGCUGUCACUAUUGCAGGAUCAUCAAAAGCAAGCCAGGGCGCAUCUUCUUGACACUGAGCCUUUUGAGCAUGCCUUUGGACCAAAGGGCAAGAGGAAACGCCCAAAGCUAACAGCUCUUGAUUAUGAAUCUCUAUUGAAGAAAGCUGAUGAUUCUCAAGGUGCAUUUGAGGAUAAGCAUGCUACAGCGAAGUUGCUGAAAGAGGACGAGGAAGAUGGCUUACGAGACCUAGUCCGGCACACAAUGUUUGAGAAGGGACAGAGCAAAAGAAUUUGGGGUGAACUCUAUAAAGUUAUUGAUUCUUCAGAUGUUGUCGUGCAGGUUUUGGAUGCCAGGGAUCCAAUGGGUACUAGAUGCUACCAUCUAGAGAAACAUCUGAAGGAGAAUGCCAAGCACAAACACUUGGUGUUCUUACUAAAUAAGUGUGAUCUAGUACCUGCUUGGGCCACAAAAGGAUGGUUACGGACUUUAUCAAGGGACUACCCUACCCUAGCAUUCCAUGCAAGCAUCAACAGUUCAUUUGGCAAAGGAUCACUUCUUUCAGUACUACGACAGUUUGCACGCCUGAAGAGUGACAAACAAGCUAUAUCUGUUGGUUUUGUUGGAUAUCCCAAUGUUGGGAAGUCAUCAGUUAUCAACACAUUGCGCUCCAAGAGUGUUUGCAAGGUGGCUCCAAUUCCUGGAGAGACAAAAGUGUGGCAGUACAUUACUCUGACUAAAAAAAUCUUUCUGAUUGAUUGCCCUGGAGUUGUCUACCAAAAUAAUGAUUCAGAAACUGAUAUUGUUCUUAAGGGUGUGGUACGCGUGACAAAUUUGGAGGAUGCUUCUGAGCAUAUUGGUGAAGUUCUGAGGCGAGUAAAAAAGGAGCAUCUUCAAAGAGCUUACAAAAUUAAAGACUGGACUGAUGAUAAUGAUUUCCUUGUCCAACUGAGCAAGACCAGUGGAAAGCUACUCAAGGGCGGGGAGCCUGAUCUUACAACGACGGCCAAGAUGGUGCUUCAUGACUGGCAGAGAGGCAAGAUUCCCUUUUUUGUGCCUCCACCACAAAGGGGUGAAGAUGGUCCAUCUGAAACUACUGAACCUGUGGAGAAAUCUGACGAGGAAGGGGUGAGUAGUGACAGGACAGCUGCUGCCAUGAAAGCGAUAGCGGGAAUAAUCUCAUCACAGCAGCAUAUGAGCGUACCUUGCCAAAAGGAAUUUGGUGUAACUACUGAAGAUAGCGAAGCUGAGCAAUUGGAUUAAUCUUCAAAAGGCUAGUAACCCUGUCCAAUAAAGAGCAGGGCAUAGUUUUACCAAAUACCUUCGAGAUACGCCUCUAACUUUGUACUAGUACUGUUUCUGUCUGGGCCUUUGUCGUAGACCAGAUCGAGCAUUUUGGUAGCUUGAUGAAAACAUUUUAUUCAACUGUACUUAAACAAAUCCAUGUCUUGAUGCAUUAAUUUCGCAAGGUCAUUAGUAUCUGCAUGGGUCAGAAGUGAAAUGCUCUAUUUCGUUGCCCUUCAUCUUUUGUGUUCGCGUUGCCUGAAGUGCUCAGGCCACAAAAGGUAUGUGCAAGUUUAGGGUGUGUAUGUUUAGGAUGGAUUGGAAGCCUUUUGCUUAGCAUGCAAAUCGGAGCAUGUUCUUAGUAAGGAAGUCCAAUUUUACUUGUAGCACUUGUACUUCAUGAAUUAGCCAUGUGAUGUCCCUCGUCAUAA